GAUCAGCUGCAGACCGCAUUAGUGAUUGAUCACAGCAACCACAGAGCCAGCAGAUCACAAUCUUUGCGUCUACAACAUAUUUCCAGUACAUAUUAUUUCUACGUUGGGCUUUCGUAUGCUUGAUCUCGGCGCGCCUCCUCUCCUUCUUGGUCAUGACUAGGUAAAACGGCUUCCGCCAUGUCAACCUCCAGGGCGCCAGCAGCCAUGCAGGUCUCUCCAGGCAAAGGCCUGGGGUUUCUGACGCUCGGAAGCUCACUACAUAAUGUAUUGACUCGCAUCAAAUCUCGGCCUCAGAGUUACCCCGCUAUCGACAUCGCCUACUCCCCUACAGAACCACUGAACGAACCCAUCAUACUGAACCUUUCUGUGAACGGGCUCCGACUACGAUUUGACGGACCGGACCAGCGCCUGCGUCUCAUAGAAGUGCUGGACUUUUCCAAAACGCCUCUAGUAUAUAAGAGUCAGGAGGUGGUCAAAAACGCCAAGUCGCAAGACCAGCCUUCUCCCUCGACAGGACCUGGCUUUCGCCAUGUCUACAAUAGGCUCUUUGGGCCGUCAUAUCCUGGUGAAUACAUUCCACCCGCCAAUGAUUCGCCUUAUGGAACUUAUGUGUUGUCGUACCCUGGCGUCGCUUUCUCAUUUCCUUUGCAAGAUUCAGCCUGGUCCGAUAACUGUGAUUUUGUAGCCUUGUUGUCAUCUUCUGCAGCUUCACCGGCGACUUCGUUGGCUAUAUUUCAGGGAUCAUCAUGGUCUGAAGUGCGCAAUCAGUUGUUUACAACUCCACCCCAGUUCCCGCGGUCCCAGGCAUUGAUUGGAAAGGGAAGAGACACAGCCCCAGAUGAGGUUGAAGAAGUCCGAGUUCUUGGUGCUGGUAAACUCGAGCUGGUCCGACGAUCUAGUCCAUCUUUCAUGGUCACAUUCUCGGAAACAACAGCCCAAGAUUUGAUAGCCGAACUUGGGCCGCCUGACGCAAUAUACCGCAAAAACGACCGUCGCAUAUCGAUACAUGGUGCUUCUGGUGCUAUCCGUCGACAUCUACUAAGUCCUUCACCAGGACGAGGUCAUGACACACCAGACACAGAUCACUCGUCAAAUAACAGCCCGACGGAUGAUUCUGAGGAUGAGACAAGACGGGCUACAGAAAUCGAUCCUCUGUCACUUCCGGCAGAAUGUUUCUUUAAUUAUUUCCAUCACGGAUUCGAUGCAUUCAUCUCAUACCCCACAACAUCUGGUCCUGCAUUCCCUAGCUCAGAUAUCACGGAUCUCCCCCCACCGGCGUCAUUCUCUCAACUCACCGUUACUAAAUUUAUUGUUCAUGGCAAUGUCCCUGGCUCGUACCCUUUCAACCGACACCGGAGAAGCCGAUGGCAAAUACUGCUAGGUCCGUCCGCCGGUAACCUAACGUCAGAAACACACUAUGAUGAGAUUUCUCGACGACUCAAGAAGGUCUGGAAAGACUCUUAUUCAUCAUCCGCCGAAGAAGCUGCCCUCCAACGGGGAAUGGUACUAAACCGGGGCUGGGGAGAUAGUCCAGAAAGCAGUGUAGAGUUUCUUGGAGAUUGGGAGGAAAGUGCAGGCGGUAAGCAUCGAUCAUCAACAGGUCAAGAUGGCGCUCGGGGAUUAGGCAACACAGAGCUAUUUGGUUUUCCUGGUCUUUUAUUCGAGGUGUUGAAGAACGGGGCGGUCAGUUCGAUGACUAUUUAUUAAGGCACUUCAUCAUAUAACUGGGCUUGGCGUAUUGGAUACUGAGGCUACUGAUUUCCGUUUAUUAUUCCCCAUGAGAAGAAUGAAUCUUGAAUUUAUACAUUACAUGUAUUUAUUUUACACGUAUUCACCCCAUCAGACAGGCGUAAUUAAGCCAACUCUGUAUCGUGUGGUAAAUACCCGGAGCUAAUUAUAU